AUGACCACCGCCUACCCACCCACCGUCCACCACUCCAGCAUCCGCGUCUCCACCCCCGAGGCCCUCUCCCUCCUCUCCGCCUACCUCGAAGCCACAACCACCGACCCCUCCCUUCAUCCCAGCGCUCACCUGACAGAACACGGCCCUGUCGCGCCAUCAUCGGGCCACAACACAGGCCUCGUCCUACACAACCUCCGACGGGUAGAAGCUGGGCUGCGAGGGGAGAAUCUGGGGGAAGAUUUGACGUUCCAGAAGUACGGAGGGGAUGGGUUGCCGGAGUUGAUGCCUGAUGGCGUAGUUGAGGGUGCGGGCGAUUACGUUCAUCAGGGCUCCUCGUAUGGCGAACAGGGAGGGUUGGAGAUGGAGAGCGAGUGGCAGGACAAAGCGGAGUUUGAGAGGCAGCAGGAGGUCGUGCAAGGGGAUAUUGGGAAGAGGGAUAAUGCCGUUGAUGGCGGCUUCGAAGAGGAUGGAGCGGUCGUGCCUCGCGUAAAAGCUACGUGGGGUCCUGAGGAUAAAGAAGCAAGGAAGAAGGCGAAGAGGGAGAGGUUGAAAAAAAUCCGAUUGGAGAACGCUGCGCGAAUCCAAAGGGAGGGCCGAGCGGAGAAAAUUGAUUCUCGAACAGACUCACUGCUGAACGAUCGAAUACUCAGUCCAGGUCCUAAGGCUCGAUAA